AUGUGGAGCUUUGCGUCGAAUGUCAUUGGAAGCAUAGGGCUAAAGAAGACCCCUAAAGAUCAACCUCACUGCUCAGACGACGAGGUCUCAAACGUUAGCAGAGACGAAGAAGGACUAGAGUGUCCCAUAUGCUGGGAAUCUUUCAACAUCGUCGAGAAUGUUCCUUACGUGCUAUGGUGUGGCCACACGCUUUGCCAGAACUGUGUCUUUGGGCUCCAAUCCGCUGUCUUGAGACUCUCGAGCCAAGAUAUCAAGAUCCCUUUCUUCGUCUCUUGCCCUUGGUGUCAGCUGCUUUCCUUCAGGAUCGUCUACAAGGGCGUUCUUAAGUUCCCUCGGAAAAACUUCUUCCUGCUAUGGAUGGUUGAGUCUCUGAAUGGUGACAGGACGUCCGGUUCCUUGGUUAGCGAUAACCGGGAAUCGGUUUUGACUCCUAGGUGUGGUAUGUCUCUUGGAAACCACUGUGUUAGGCGUAACCAGUCUCCAGAACAUAGUAGACAACCAAGUAGGCAGCAGUUUUCUUUCCACAAGUCUCUGGAUUUCUUCAUCUCUUUCACAUCCAAGUUCCCGCUUGUGAUAGUUUUCCUUCUGAUUGUGUUCUUUGCUAUACCUGGUAGUCUCAUCAUUCUUGCACUUUACUUCCUCCUCACGAUUCUUCUCGCGGUUCCGUCUGGUAUGGUGCUGUAUUUUGCGUACCCUAUUCUUGAAAGGUUGGUGAAUGAGAUAACAUCAUGA